UUAGUUCCCAGAUUAUUAAACUCGUGGUUAACAUGCCACGUGUUAUCCUUUCUUAUUCGGCGCCUUAAGGCGAGGCGGGAAAAUCAAAGUUAAACACAUCUCUUGGUUGAUCUAUACUAGUAUCUUUUCCAUUCUCCGGGUUUUGGUUCAUCUGUUCAGUUUCUUUUCGAAAUCCAGAAGCAAGCGAACCUAACCGAACCGAAACUGAUGUCGGCCUACGAGUAUCCAAACUUCUCUCGCUCCGACAUCAUCACCGUUCUCACGGAGGCUAACAUCGCUUCUCUCAAGGAUGCCGAUCUCAGGAACCCUACUUUUGACUCCGUCUCCGACCUCUACACCAGAAUCCUCAUCUAUCUCGACGUCCUCAGCGAAGAAGACAAAGGGCAAGUUGAUUUCGAGGCUUUGGAGCAACUGGAGAAUCCAGAUCAUCACACUACUUCAGCUCCGGUGAUGAAUCUCUACGUCAAACUGAAAGAUACUUUAGAGAUGGUGGAGUGUCCGCUAAACAUCAAUUUCAAGGAUCUCUUACGCCCAGACUCAUCAAGAACCGAGUUUUUCAUAGGAGCACUUUUGAACUUUGGCCUACACAAGGAUUCAAAGAUGGAGCUUAUAAGACCACUGACAGAAGAGUUGACUCUUCUUGAUGAGCAACGGAGGCAAUGGGACGCCAAGAUUGCUCAGUUGAAUGCAGAGAUUGCAGAGUUUGAUGAAGCCUGUGAAAGGGAUUUGCCUUUUGUUCAAGAGCUCGAAGCGAGUAUCGAAGAACUCAACCAGAAGAUAUCAGAACUCAAUAACCAGCAGCUGUCUCUGCGAGCUACCUUUAACAAAAUGAAAGAGGAGAGUACACUGAUGGAUAACAAGAUUUCGAAAGCAGAGUUCGAUCUUGUGCAAUCUGUCCAAGAAAAUGCAAACCUCCGCUCACAAAUUGUUCAGUCUCCAGACAAGUUACAGGGGGCUUUAGAAGAGAAGAAAUCAGUACUCGAGGAAACAAAGAAAGCUGAGAGAUUAGCAAUGGAGACUUUCCAGGAAAAGGCUGUUCUUGAGGUUUAUGAAAAGGCAUUCAAGAAAAUGUCAAAAUCAUCUGCGCAACUGCAAUUAAUUAACGAACAGGUAACCAAUGUGAAAGCAAUUGAGAAAGAUCUAAAAGCUCAGAAAGCUAAGCUUAGUGAAGAUGGGGCAGCGUACAAAUCGCUGGAGGCGAAAGUGGUUGAGCGAGAGAGAACAGUGAGACAGUUGCACGAAUCGUUGAAGCAGUUAGAGAAAGAGAAAGAAGUCAUGUUUGAUGACUGGACGAAACAACUGAAUGAAUUAAAACUGGAAGUUGAAUCCGGAAGACGUCAACUUGAAGCCAGACAAAAUGAUGUUGAAUCAGUAGUCACUAUGGUUGAUGAGAAUACUGCCAAGACUACCCAGGUGAAACAAUCAGGGGAAGCUAAUGUGAAACAGUUAGCAGCUAAAUAUCAAGAGAUCGUGAAGCAGUUUCAUGAAUACGCGGUGUCGUUUGGAGCGGUUUUGCCAAGCUUGUGAAAAGGAAGGAACGUUUGAUUGGGUCAGGCGAAGGUAGAGAGAGAUUGCAAUGUUUUUCAUAUUUCGAACUAAAUUAUUGCGAUUGUAUCAGUAUCAAGCUUGGAAAAUAUAUUUAGUUAUGCUUAUUUUUGAGUUUUCUAAGAAUUUGAGAAAAGAGAAAAGGCUUGGAGAAUUAAAUCCUGGUUGAUACACCAGUUAUUUUUCAUAUAUAAAAAAUAUUUAUGUUUCUA